CGUCCUGCUCUUGGCUCCCUCUUGUCGCGGGUGCCUGAGCGCCGAGGCCAUGCCACUGAAACAUUAUCUACUUUUGCUGGUGGGCUGCCAUGCCUGGGGUGCAGGCUUGGCCUACUAUGGCUGCCCGAAUGAGUGCACCUGCUCCCGGGCUUCCCAGGUGGAGUGCACCGGGGCACGUAUCAUGGCAGUGCCCAGCCCUCUGCCCUGGAACGCCAUGAGCCUGCAGAUCCUCAACACACACAUCACUGAACUUGACGAGUCCCCGUUCCUCAACAUCUCGGCCCUCAUCGCCCUGAGGAUUGAGAAGAAUGAGCUAUCACACAUCAGGCCCGGGGCCUUCCGCCACCUGGGCUCCCUGCGCUAUCUUAGCCUUGCCAACAACAAGCUUCAGGUUCUGCCUGUUGGCCUCUUCCAAGGCCUGGACAACCUGGAGUCGCUCCUUCUGUCCAGCAACCAGCUGAUGCAGAUCCAGCCAGCCCACUUCGCCCAGUGCAGCAACCUCAAGGAGCUGCAGUUGCAUGGCAACCAUCUGGAAUACAUCCCUGAUGGUGUCUUUGACCACUUGGUGGGCCUCACGAAGCUCAAUCUGGGCAAGAACAGCCUCACCCACCUCUCACCCAGGGUCUUCCAGCACCUGGGCAACCUCCAGGUCCUCCGGCUGUACGAGAACAGGCUCUCAGACAUCCCCAUGGGCACUUUUGACGGGCUUGGCAACCUCCAGGAACUGGCCCUGCAGCAGAACCAGAUCAGUGUGCUCUCUCCUGGCCUCUUCCACAACAACCACCACCUCCAGAGGCUCUAUCUGUCCAACAACCACAUCUCCCAGCUGCCCCCUGGCAUCUUCAUGCAGCUUCCACAGCUCAGCCGUCUCACCCUGUUUGGGAACUCCCUGAAGGAGCUCUCUCCAGGACUCUUCGGGCCCAUGCCCGACCUGCGUGAGCUUUGGCUCUAUGACAACCAUAUCACUUCUCUGCCCGACAACGUCUUCAGCAACCUCCACCAGCUGCAGGUCCUGAUCCUCAGCCGCAACCAGAUCAGCUUCAUCUCUCCUGGUGCCUUCAACGGGUUGACAGAGCUUCGAGAGCUGUCCCUGCACACCAACAGUCUAGAGGGGCUGGACGGGAACGUCUUCCGUGGGCUGGCCAACCUGCAGAACAUCUCCUUGCAGAACAACCGCAUCCGACAGCUCCCAGGGAAUAUCUUCGCCAAUGUCAACAGCCUCAUGGCCAUCCAGCUGCAGAGCAACCAGCUGGAGAACCUGCCCCUGGGCAUCUUUGAUCACCUGGGGCACCUGUGUGAGCUGCGGCUCUACGAUAACCCCUGGAGGUGUGACGGGGACAUCCUUCCACUCCGCAACUGGCUGCUACUCAACCAGCCCAGGUUAGGGACAGACCCCCUCCCCGUGUGCUUCAGCCCAGCCAGUGUCCAAGGACAGUCCCUCAUCUAUAUCAACAUCAAUGUUGCUGUCCCUGAGGUACCCAGCUACCCGGACACACCCAGCUACUUCGACACCACAUCCAUCUCUUCUACCACUGAAUUAACCAGCCCCGUGGAAGACUACACCGAUCCGACCACCAUCCAGGUCACUGAUGACCGAAGCACGUGGGGUAUGACCCAGGCCCAGAGCGGGCUGGCCAUUGCUGCCAUUGUCAUCGGCAUCGUUGCCCUGGGCUGCUCCCUGGCUGCCUGCAUAGGCUGUUGCUGCUGCAAGAGGAGGAGCCAGGCGGUCCUGAUGCAGAUGAAGGCGCCCAAUGAGUGUUAGAGAGAGGCAGGCUGGAGCUGGGCUGGGGGAGGGGAGGGCUGGAGGGUCUGGCAAUUCCAUCUUUCUGUCUCCACCCUUGGGUCCACAGAGCUACCCCACGCUCACUCCUUCUGGGCCCUAGGAAAGGUGUCCCGAACUCUUCCCAACCUGCUGGAUUCUCCUGUAGAGAACCAGUUCUUGCCACCAGGGAGAUCCAACUGACCAAGGCAAAAACCCUGAGGGAUUUCUAAUUUACACCCCGGGGCCUUUUCAAGAGGAUUUCUCCUCCAAAUCCUUAUCACCCCUCCUCUAAGAACCACCUGCCCUGUGCUCAGGCCCCUUCCUGGCCUCCGUGGACUCAAUCAUUGCAAAGCCUGCUCACUGUGUGGAAAUAGUUCUCCCCCAGGACAGCCCUGUCCUCAAAGUAUUAUGUAAGUCCAUGUCCCUUCUUUGGCUCCUUUGUUCUGUGGCGUGAUCCCUUAGAUGAAAGUUCUCUCCUAGAUUUUCCGCUCCUGAGGGCAGGGUGAGUUCUCUCCUCAAAGGAGACUUCCAGCCAUGCAGCUCGUUCCCUGCACGUGGCCCAGCACCCUGGCUUUGAGGAUGCUGCGAAAGAGAGAAGGAAAAACUAGGAGCCGCUCAGCUCCUAGUGACAGAGCUGUCAUUAGUACCUCUCUUUUAUCACAAGAAGAAAGACAUCAGCACAAUCAAUUCAGCCUUUUAUAGAAUGAUAUUUCCAAAGUGUGAACUUUACUUUGAAAAUGUUAGCCCUUUAAGGAAUCAAAAUCCUGUAGAAUUUCAGACUUCUAAACACAUUAAAAUCAGGUUAUUGGCACUGAAUGGAGAAAGGAAUUUGGUGCCUGGGAGUCCCCGUGUUCACUCCCAGAACUUUUCCUGGAGAAUACUGAGGUGUCUGGAGAUGGCAUGGACGAACCUGUGACCCGGCACCCCAUGAGCCAGGAUGGGUCCCUCACUGCCCCCCAUAGCAGCUCAUGCAAAGGCCCAGCGAUGGAGCAGAAGACGUGGGCAUGGACAGGAACUCUCAUUACAUCCUGCGACCUGAGGCCCCAGGCCGGUUGGUCAGGAGCAUUCUGACUACAGAGGCCCAUGCGACCUCACCCCCUUCCCUGCCAACACGCUGUCUGCUACUCAUUGGAGGCCCCUCCGCCUGGGGCCUUUUAUGGGCAUGAUUUGCCUGUAUCUGUUUUUAAUUUUCAUUCUCUAUUUGGGAGAAGUGAAAUAGUUCAGAGAUGAGAUCCUUUAAUUGAAUGACCAUGUGUAAUGGAAUCCAGCAAUCUCUCUGAUGUUGUGGUUAAAAUUCUCCAUUAACAGUGCAGUUAACUAGCAGUGAACGUUGAGAAUUUUCCUCUGUGGCAAGCAACAUCAGGGUACGUGGACAGGCCACAAGGGGUCUGGGGGCUCUCUGGAGCGCCUUGGGCCUAUGGUCUGGUUAUAAGAGUUGCGUUGUUUGCUCUGCGGUACUCCUCCUCCUCGAGUUACGGUCACAUGAGUAUCUGCCUUUGCCGUGCAAGAAAGGCCUGUCUUGGGCUUUCAUCAUAAAACCAAAGAAAUUGGGGGUCACUCCUCUCUUGCUCCUUGCGUCUCAGUUAUCAGAACCUUGCUCGGUACUGUAUGGAUCAAAAGCUUUAUAAAUAUGGAAAAGAUUGAACUUGCCUUUCCGUUACUGAAAACCGACCCCUCUUAUAGGCCUCGUUGGGCUGCGUGUGUGUCGUUUCCUCUCUGUAGAAGUUAGAGGUAUGACCAAGUUCGUGGAGCCUUCAUGGGCAACACCACCAUUUCCACAACCGUUCAGAUGUCUGUGCCAUGUUGCAGGAGAACUCCCAAGCUCAAGAAGUGUGUGCUGAGCAGGCAGCUGGGGUCCGCCUGAUAAGUAGGGCUGGUAAACCCAGGUUGGUUGCAUCCUAGCCUUUCACUAGGAAGCACUCAAAGGGUCAGCCCCCAGAUCUCCUAGUCAGAACUGACUCCAGGUGGCCGGGGAGGUGGUGGUGGUCUUGGGAAGGAAGCCAUCGCUUGGCACAGAGAGGGCAGGCCACCGGGUGAAACUCCUCCCAGUCCCAGGUACCUUCUCCUAAGGAGAGACUAUUCUCACCAGCUCAUGGCCUUCAUGCUCCCUUCAAAUAUAGACUACGCUUGCCUUGCUUAGAGAAUGGCUGCAAAUAGUCCCAGGUGCUUGGUGAUGUAUUUAGAGAUUUCUAAGCCCCCAGGGUCUCAUGAACCGUGAAGGGCAGGGUUGGGGAUCUAUCUUUUGCUGGAUGCUGCUUGUAAUAAAUUUGGUGUAGAGAAUCAACAAUAAAUGGUAUA